AUGUCGCCAGACGUCGUCGACCUCCUCCUGGCGCCUGCUUAUGAAGCGGUCGAGUACUAUCUAACCAAGUCAGGGCGGGGCUCCAUCUCGCCCGAGUCUCAUAUCCUUCUCGACCCGGGCGUGCGGCUGUACACCUCCUCAAUCGUCCGACUCGCUCUGUGUUUCAAGUACUGGGACACAGAGUGGACUGAUGUUGUCCCGGCUAUCUACAAGCCUGGAACUAAGAGGGGGUCUGCCUACCGUGUAACUCUCGGGGCUCUGCUUUCCCGCAUCGAUACCCUCAAGAUUACGACUGACGGCAGGGAGGACACCUCAAACGUUGGCAUGCUGCUCAGGCGCCUUCCUCGGUUCACAGCGGCGUCCGGGGGGACCGCUCCCAUUUUCGGCACGCUUACUGCCACAGACCUUCCAGGCCUCAUUGAAGCAUGCAAAAAAGAUAUCAUGAAGACCGAGCCCAUAAAGCACAUCAAGUAUUUUACCGAUGCCAACCUCGCCAACAAUCCCCCUCCUGGCGUAAAACUUCGGGUAGCCCACCCAUCGAUUUCGCAAGCGCUAGUCUCUCAUCCAGGUGUCACUAUAGGGACCUUCGUCACUCCUAUCAACUCCGGCCCCUCUCUGCCUCCCGCAGCCACUCCCGCUGACUCCAUUACCUUCCAGCCUUCGGCAACGGCUACAACAUUGGCUCCUACAACGGCUCAGCUUCUCAGUAGCCGGGUUACGGGUAAUAACCGCAGGAAGAUGUCCAAACAAGACUCCGCAAUCGCUCGUCGCAAGAAGCAGCGUGUCGACGAAGCCCUGCCCGGGAUUGGAUUCCGCUGCCUUCGGCAACCAACAAGCUCGUCGCACCAGAAUGUCUCAUCACACAUGGCCGCUCUUGUGUACCCAGCCCACUCAUGGGGCCCAAGUGCAGUACAGCUUCACCUGGACCAAGAAUGGCGUUGCCAUAACUGUGCCUUCAAGAACCCCGCGCAAUUCGUCAAGAACGAGGACUCCCAAGGGAACGACGAGGACCCUGUCACUUGCUCCAACUGUGAGGAGCCCCAUCGCCAGAGUGAAGACCUCCCGUCGGAGGACAUCAGCUGUCCCGAAUGCCAGGAGAUCCUACCAGAAGGUAUUCCUGAACGCGAGCGUCUCUUCAAUCCAGACCUCCUCAAGACUCACGUACUCGAAUGGCACAGUGAUUACGCGCUCGCGGUCUCCUGGCGAGACCAGCAGAAAACGGUUGCAAGUGGUACGGUUGUUUGCAGCUUCACUACUCCCACCCGCUUGGAAAAGCAUCUCCUUGUUGAGCACAUUUCCACCAGCGAAAAGCGAAUCCCUCCAAAGUACCUUUACGCCAUCGCUCGCAAGACAUGGGUUGAUGAUAUCUCAUCAUACCGGCAUUAUCAACUGGAGGCCCUCGAGAGGCGCAAGUUCCAGGCCGAGGACGACGCGCUCGCUGCCGUCAGCUGCGAGUUGGCCCGGCUGAAGAAGCUUUUUGCUGAGCAAUGCGCCGAAAACCAGGAGGAGGAUGAGCUCGAUGUGAAGCCCGAGAUAGGCUAG